GCCAUCACGCCAGUGUACGCUGUCCAGUCAGAGUGAGAGCACAUGACGGCGGCACUCCUGCUCUUUCUUCUCCACAACACCCUACCAUGAACUUCUAGAGCCAGACCUUUCCUGAGUGGCCAGAGGGAGUAGUAGCAGCUUUUACAAGUGAAACAUCGCCGCCAUGUCCAGCAAGAGAGUGAGUCCGUUUGCCGGGGUGCGGUAUGAGCACCUGGUGGCGGGGGUGUCUGGCGGGGUUGCCUCCACGCUCAUCCUACACCCGCUCGACCUCCUCAAGAUUAGGUUUGCUGUGAGUGACGGGGCAGCCUCAGCCAAGCCACACUACACCGGCCUCACGCAAGCAAUGGGUCAGAUCUUCCGUCACGAGGGAAUCAAGGGCCUUUACAGAGGAGUGACGCCGAAUGUGUGGGGCGCCGGAUCAGCCUGGGGGUUCUACUUUCUUUUUUACAACACCAUCAAGUCGUGGCUUCAGGGCGGUAACUCCAAGGUGCAUCUGGGGCCUGGCCUGCACAUGGUGGCUGCGGCGGAGGCUGGUGUGCUUACUCUCGUCAUGACCAAUCCUAUUUGGGUCGUCAAAACAAGGUUGUGCCUUCAGUAUACAGAAGGUGCUGGUGCUGGUGCCGCUGCAAGUGCCACACACUACAACGGCAUGGUGGAUGCUCUUGUUAAGACUUACAAACAUGAGGGAGUGCGUGGUCUGUAUAAGGGUUUUGUUCCUGGUGUGUUCGGAGUGAGUCACGGCGCACUGCAGUUCAUGGCUUACGAGGAGAUGAAGGCGCAAUACAACAGAUAUCGCAGUCUGCCCAUUGAUUCUAAGCUGACGAUGGUUGAGUACCUCGCCUUUGCCUCGCUGUCCAAGUUAUUUGCUGCGGUCACCACCUACCCUUACCAGGUGCUGAGGGCGCGCAUGCAGGACCAGCACGCCCAAUACGACAACCUGAGACACUGCAUCAAGGAGACCUGGAGACUGAACCACAUCGUUGGCUUCUACAGGGGACUGUCGCCCAACCUGAUGCGUGUGGUGCCCGCCACAGCCAUCACCUUCCUCGUGUACGAGAAGACCUCAGAGUUUCUAUUCCAGUUGAGAUCAACAGAGGACCCGCCAGCAACCGUCACUCCCGCGCGGGACCAGCCCGCCAGCCCCGUGCACCAGGCUGAGGCGGGAGAGCAGCAGGACGACUAGCUGGACCUCCAGGAACUGUUAUGCUUUGUUGUGCGUGUGUGUGUAUGUCGCGGCGCGGCCUGAUACGUCAUGACGAGGCCCGACAAACGCCAAAGAUCUUCCUGCGUACAUUCUAAGGAUACAUUUUUCUUUCUUUGUUUUCUUCCAUGCUCAUUGUGUCAUUAGUUGUCAUUAUUUUCUCGUCGCAGCUCGUGUAUGGUUCCAAGAUUACCAGAUAAACUGUGUACAUAGCAGCGUGA